AUGGACGAUCACCACGUCAAGGCACUAAAUGCUAGAAUCUCGGACGAAGAAAAAGGACUUCCUGGAUCUGGAAAAGAUGCAGAUGUCGAGGUUGCCCAAUCAUGGUCGUUGAAGAAGUUUGCAUCGCUAGGAGUGGAGACUGGAGGUAUCGUUCCAAUUCCGGUGUCUGAGCGAACGAAUACGAGAGUCCAUGGAAUCUUUACGCUAUGGUUGACCAUGAGUGUCAAUUUGCUACCAAUUGUCACUGGUAUGACUGGACCGCUGGGCUACGGACUUGGACUCAGAGAUUGCUCUCUGAUCAUCCUGUUCUUCAGCAUUCUGUGUACGAUACCGGUUGGAUACCUGGCAACACUCGGUCCUAGGACUGGUAUGCGACAAAUGAUACAGGCAAGAUUCUCGUUCGGCUAUUAUCUCGUGUCGGUGCCUGUCAUUCUCAAUCUUGCGACGCUUACUGGUUUCUGUGUCAUUGACAGUGUUAUCGGCGGUCAAUCGCUGUCUGCAAUCACCCAUGGUCAUCUGACGCCCGAUGUGGGUAUCGUGGUCAUUGCCAUUUUAGCUAUGUUGGUGUGCUUCUGCGGAUUCAAGAUUCUGCAUCGCUAUGAGCGAUUUGCGUGGAUUCCAGCUCUGGUCGCCAUUGUCAUCGCGACUGGAACGGGCGGCAAGCAUCUGAGCAACCAGGUUGUCCAGCCGGCUCCUGCGGCGUCUACUGUUCUUUCCUUCUCAGCACUCAUUGCCGGCUUCCUCAUUCCUUGGGCGGCAUUGGCUGGAGAUUUUGCUGUCUACAUGAUUCCUGAAGCUUCCAGCACCAAAGUAUUCGCUUACACCUACGGUGGAUUGUUCUUACCCACAGUACCUUUGAUGGUCCUCGGUGCUGCUAUCGGAGGCGCAACUCCCAACGUGGCCUCGUGGCAAGCUGGCUACGAUUCAACCUCUGUCGGUGGUGUCCUAGCAGCCAUGCUCGAACCCGCUGGCGGCUUUGGCAAAUUCGUCGUGGUACUGCUCGCUUUCUCGCUUCUUGGAAACAUCGCAGCGACCAUGUACAGCAUCACGCUCAACUUCCAACUUUUGCUGCCUUGGAUGGUCAGGGUCCCUCGUUUCUUGUUCGCGAUUGUCAUUACAGCCAUCGUGAUUCCCGUCGCCAUUCGCGCCGCCACCAGUUUCUUCAACAACCUUGAGAAUUUCAUCGGUGUUAUUGGCUACUGGGCGUCUGCGUUUGUGGCUGUGGUUAUUAUUGAGCAUGCUUGGUUCAGGAAAUCGGACUGCUCGGCUUAUGCUCAUGAGAAGUGGGACAAGGCUAGUAUGCUACCUAGCGGUAUCGCUGCCUUGGGAGCCAGUGCUUUAUCUUUUGCUUUGGUGAUUCCUUCGAUGGCGCAGGUGUGGUACACAGGACCAAUCGCGAAGACGACUGGCGAUAUUGGGUUUGAAAUGGCUUUUGUUGUUACAGGGCUGCUGUAUGUGCCGCUCCGAUACUUGGAGAUUCGGAUACAGAAGCGGGUAUAG